UCCAUUUUUUUAGUUAACCGGUUAGUAGUGAAGUAGUUGAACCAGCGGCGAUUCCAAGAGACCUAGAGAGAGAAAGUGUGCUCUCUCUCUACAGCCAUUGCAUUUCUUUCUCUUCUAAACUCUACUUUCUCUAUUUAAUCAUUAGUACGAAAGGAUGAUUUUGAUAAGAUCAGUUCGUCCGAAUCGACGGUUCUCUUCGCCGUUGUUGCGGCACCUGCAUUCACUACAUUAUUCAUCGUCGCCUUCACCUGCAGCUGCCGAAGCAGAGCGAACAAUUAGAGAAGGUCUGAGAAAUGACUGGGCCAGAGACGAGAUCAACUCCAUUUACCACUCUCCUGUUCUCGAUCUCCUCUUCUAUGGAGCUCAAGUUCAUAGGCAUGCUCAUAACUUUAGGGAAGUGCAGCAGUGUACUCUGCUAUCUAUUAAGACAGGUGGGUGCAGUGAGGAUUGCUCAUAUUGUCCUCAAUCCUCCCGAUAUAACACUGGUUUAAAAGCCCAAAAGCUUAUGAACAAGGAUGCUGUUAUUCAAGCAGCAAAAAAGGCAAAAGAGGCUGGUAGCACUCGUUUUUGCAUGGGUGCUGCAUGGAGAGACACUGUGGGAAGGAAGACCAAUUUCAACCAUAUCCUUGAAUAUGUGAAAGAAAUAAGGGAAAUGGGGAUGGAGGUCUGCUGCACCUUGGGGAUGCUAGAGAAGCAGCAAGCUUUGGAGCUCAAGAAUGCAGGCCUUACAGCUUAUAACCAUAAUCUUGAUACCUCAAGAGAGUAUUACCCUAAUAUUAUAACAACAAGAACAUAUGAUGAGCGGCUGGAAACCCUCAAGUAUGUUCGCGAAGCAGGGAUCAAUGUCUGCUCAGGAGGAAUAAUAGGGCUUGGAGAAGCAGAGGAGGACCGAGUUGGUUUGUUGCAUACAUUGGCAACGCUACCUACACACCCUGAGAGCGUUCCCAUCAAUGCACUGCUUGCAGUUAAAGGAACACCUCUGGAAGAUCAGAAGCCAGUUGAAAUAUGGGAGAUGAUUCGGAUGAUUGCCACAGCCCGUAUCGUGAUGCCAAAAGCAAUGGUGAGACUGUCUGCUGGCAGAGUUCGGUUCUCUAUGCCCGAGCAGGCAUUGUGCUUUCUUGCAGGCGCAAAUUCCAUAUUCACCGGCGAGAAGCUCCUGACAACUCCCAACAAUGAUUUUGAUGCUGAUCAACUCAUGUUCAAGGUGCUUGGACUUACUCCUAAACCCCCCAGUUUUUCUGACAGCGCAGAUGAUUUUGAAGCAGAAAAUAGUGAGCAAUCUGUUUCCAGUUCAGGUUGAGAUUACCAUAUCAAAGGGUUAUUAUUAUUAUUAUUUUCUUCCCCAUUGUCUGUAAUAUUUUACCUAGGUCAUUUAAUGUUUUUUUUUUCUUCCUAGUUGUACUCACACACACGUCUCUUUUGAGACUUGAACUCCUAACCUCCUUUUGGGAAGUAAGAGGCCGAUACCGCUAGGACACUAGCCCGUUUGUAGGCCAUUUAAUGUUAUAACUAUUGAAUCUCUCUCUCUA